AAGCCUGGGAGCCCAAAAAAGUAAACGUUCAGGCACCAGGAGUCAAACAAAGUUGUCCAUUCACUCCUCUCUGUGGAAUAGUCGAGAGACUUUAACACUAUGUUCAUUGAAGAGCAUAUAUUAACACUUUUCAAAAGGAACUGUCAACAUACACUGACAUACUGGAGUUUGUUCUGGAGUUUUGGACUCAGCAUAGCCUUCCUGGGGCCUACAAUCCUAGAUCUGAAAUGCCAAACGGGCUCCACGUUACGGGAGAUCACCUGGGUGUUCUUCUCACAGCAGCUCUGCCUGCUCAUCGGAAGCUCUACUGGAGGGAUUUUCCAAAAAACGUUGUUUAGUGCCCUCACUGCUCUGUUCCUCUCCGCCAUCAUCAUCUCUGUGGUUUUUGCUAUCAUCCCACUUUGCAAUAAUGUGCUGUUGCUGGCCGUCGCUAUGGCAGUAUCAGGCCUGGCCAUGGGCAUCAUCGACACUAUUGCAAACAUCCAACUGGUGUCCAUUUAUCAGAAGGACUCUGCUAUUUUCCUGCAGGCACUGCACUUCUUUAUUGGGCUUGGUGCUCUGGUGAGCCCCCUAAUUGCAGACCCAUUCAUAUCAGGGCACUGCCCAAGCAGUAACAGCACAGCAAAUGCUACAGAGGUAAUUCAGCACUUCAGAUACAGCCUGACAGCCAGCUUUAGGUCACCAGGGAUCCUUGAGAAUUCCCCACACUCAGGGCCGGUUGAAGGGAAGGCCAGUGUGUCAUAUGCCUUCUGGAUCAUGGCCCUCAUAAAUCUACCUGUGCCAAUUGCAGUUCUUGUGUUGAUGUACCUAGAGAAGCUGCUUCCCUUUUGCCCAAACAGCACUCCACGGCUGCUGGACAAGGAUGAAUUAGCCAUGGAGACCCACACACAAGAAAGCACAGAGACGCCCGAUCCAUGCGCUGAAGUUUCUGGACAUGGUGAUCUCUUUAGCUGCUGUAUGAAUGAAAACCUGCGUGGGCUACCCGUCACAUUUUUUGGUAUCCACAUCUUGGGUGGACUGGUCCUGCUUAUGUCAGAAGGCAUAAUGGGGGUUUUUGCCGGCUUUGUUUACACAUACGCUGUUUCAGCUCCCAUGUCACUGCCAGUUAAGAUGGCAGCAUACCUGAACUGUGUCUUCUGGGCAGCUGUCACUGCAGGACGACUGGUCUCCAUCCCAUUAUCAUACCGUUUCAAACCGGUCCAUCUGCUCAUUAUCAACCUGGCUGGCGUGAUUAUAACAAUGCUGCUGUUGCUGACCCUCUACACAAACAAUGUGUUUCUGUUUGUGGGCACAGCCUUGGUCGGGCUUUUCCUCAGCAGUGUUUUCCCGUUGAUGCUGGCUUACACUGAGGACAUCCUUGACUACCAGGGAUGUGCAACACCAGUCUUAGUGACCUUUGCUGGAAUGGGCGAGAUGUCAAUGCAGGUGUUGAUUGGAUCUCUGAUUCAGACAGAAGGCAGUUAUAGUUUUCUGGUGUGUAGCAUGGUCCUCGGAUGCCUUGCUUUCAUCCUCCUCCUUGCCUUGAUCCUGUGCCACCACAUCCACAAAAAUCUCACAGGAACAUCUAAAAAAGCUGCUAUGGUAGACAACCCACAAGCACCAUCUCCACCCACUCCAGAGAAAGCUGUGAUGGAACAAAAAAUUGCCGUAACAUAAUCACAACCAACUACAUGAGAAUCUAUGAAAAUCUUAAUGGGUCUUAACCUGCUGGAACUAAAUAAAGGGAUAGUUUGCCUAAAAAAACACUUGUCAUUGUUUUCCCUCAUGUUGUUCCAAACCCUUCUGAAUCUUUAGGAGAUUUUUAGUAGAAUAUUAGCCUCAGUCACUAUUCACUUUCUUGCAUCAUUUUAACACAAUGAAAGUGAAUGGUGACUGAGGCAGGGGUGAAACCCUCUCCCGGACAAUAUGACAUUAAUCCUGUCAUUCUGCCUAGCAUCUCCUUUUGAGUCCAUGGAAGAAAGCCAUAAAGUUUUGGAACAAGAUGGUCAGUUAAUUAUAACAGAUUUUUCAUUUUUUGUUGAACUAUCCUCAUAACUGUACUGUUAAACUGUAAACAUUA